AAGUGGGCUUACACGCCAUCUUCCAGAAUUUUACUUUUUCAAGUUUUUCCUUUGGUACGUUAAAAUAUUGGAUGGAAAAUGAAUUGAUUUCGAUAUAAAGGUUAUGUCUUUUCGUGAUCGGUUGCUUCAUUCUUUAUCUGUUUGGAGGAUUGCGAGAAACCAAAGGAAGGAAGCCCAAUCCUUCCCAAAUCAGGAAACUGCUUUUGCCUUUUAGCCUUCCUUGAUUUGUGCUUUCUCCGCAAAUCUAUCUAUUAUCCAUUUCUCUCCAAGACUAAUGGAAGGCACCAAAGCAUCUAAUGGACGUCUUGAUUUUGGGAAGAUGGGAUAUGGAUGCGAGCAUUACAGGAGAAGAUGCAAGAUUCGAGCUCCAUGCUGCAACGAUGUCUUCCCUUGUCGCCAUUGUCACAACGAGGCCGCGAGCAUGUUGAAGAACCCCUAUGAACGGCACGAGCUCAAUCGGUACGAUGUCAAGCAAGUAAUAUGUUCUGUUUGUGACACGGAGCAGCCGGUUGCUCAAGUUUGCACGAACUGUGGGGUCAAUAUGGGGGAAUACUUUUGUGGAGUCUGCAAAUUCUACGAUGAUGAUACAGAGAAAGGGCAGUUCCAUUGUGAUGAUUGUGGGAUCUGUAGAGUUGGUGGCCUUGAGAAUUAUUUUCACUGCAAUAAGUGUGGUACUUGCUAUUCAAUUAGCCUGCGUGGUAAUCAUUCAUGUGUGGAGAACUCCAUGCACCAUCACUGCCCAAUAUGUUAUGAGUACUUAUUUGACUCGCUAAAGGACACCACAGUUAUGAAAUGUGGGCACACGAUGCAUUUUGAAUGUUACUGUGAGAUGAUAAAGCGUGAUAAAUAUUGUUGUCCCAUAUGCUCCAAAUCAGUGGUUGACAUGUCCAAAACCUGGAAGAUAAUAGAUGAGGAGAUAGAAGUAACCAUCAUGCCUGAGGAUUAUCGCUACAAGAAGGUUUGGAUCCUCUGUAAUGACUGCAACGACACAACGCAAGUAUACUUUCACAUAAUUGGGCAGAAAUGCAGCCACUGCAAAUCAUACAAUACCCGCACAAUUGCACCUCCUGUUCUUCCUCAAUGACCGAGUUAUGGUUCUGGGAAAAUAUCCAGCCAUGUAAGAGCAUUGAAAGCUCGCAUCCUGACCAUAAAACAAAUGCACACUUAAUUGCAGCUCAAGAAUUUUCAAAGAUUAUUGCUUGUUGGACGGAAUUCAGUACCAUUACCAUAUGAUUCGACUGUAGCAUUUUCUAUCAUGCCUCGGAAAGUUUUCCACGGGCUAUUCUUGCAAGUUAUAGAAUUAAAAUCCUGCUAUUUUUAAGUCUCUGGAUCGAUGUAAUCAUUACAUAUACAGCAAUCCAUUUACAGGAAUGUUGUUUCAUUGCCAUGAAUUCUUAUUGAUCGUUUUGAUUAAUUGGUGAGCUGAUUUUUAACUUUUCA